AUGACAGAAAAUGCCGUGUUGGGUGUCCUAACGGGUGCCCUUCUGAUGCGGCGCUUUCGCCCCUCUAUCAAACAAACUCUCCUCGCCUCUCUGGUACCCCUAUUCGCGACCUUGGCAACGGUGCUCAUACUUAUGCUGGGACUCAACUGUUCGGCCAAUCAAAUGGCUGGAGUGACUGCCACGUAUGACGGAAUAUCCCCUAUCAGUUGGCGGUUAAGUGGAUCCCUCCUUCGACAUCCAUUCAACCUUACGGCUCCCUGCAACUCCUUGUGCCGAGUACGAGUUGAUCCUAAUAGCGACGAUGAUCUGUUCUCCUGCCCCCUUGCCUCCGACUACAACCCGGUGUGUUGGGAGUCAUCCAUACCGGCAUCAUGGAAGGGGGAAGCGAAGGCGCAGAUGUCUUUCCUUAAUCCCUGUCUCGCCGGAUGUGUCUCGCAGGGAUUUCACACCGAGCCUGAUGGCAAAGUGGUGGAGAUAUACACCGAUUGUAAUUGCGUCACCAACACCAGUCUCGUGCCGGAGGGUGUCCACUCCAUCGGCGGUAGUGGCAUCCGUGGGAUCACAAAAAAGGGUGUCUGCAGACCUCAAUGUCUCCGCUACGCGCCUUUCCUCAUCGUUACCUUCCUCACAAUCUUUCUCACCAGCAUAAAUCAGAAUCCCAGCAAUGUGAUCACUCUGAGCUGCGUAGCUCCAGAUGACGGAACGGCAGCACUUGGGCUUCAAGUCUUCUUUUCUCGAACCCUCGCUUUCAUUCCAACGCCCAUCUACUUCGGUGCCCUAAUGGAUCGCACCUGCCGCGUACGAGCAUUGCCACAGCGAUUAAUUUGUGAGUCGCAGCAGCACCACCUUCUCCUACUAUCGGCGACGAAGUUGGCUUCACUGGAGGGCGCCUGUCUGGAGUACGACGUGCAUGCGCUCCCCUUCGCCUGGCUUGGCGGGGUGACAGUCUUCAAGUGUCUCAGCAUUCUUAUCGCUAUUCUCACCUGGCGCUACUCCUGCCGUUUGGAUGCACGGCAAAAGAGAAAUAAAGCGAUCCUCGCCGAAACGGGCGAAUCGCAGCUGCCAGAAGCGCAGGGAGGAUGA